UUAAAGUGUCCAGUGAUUGGGUCUCAAUACAGUAUAUACAUGUGAUAUGAGUAAUGUAAGAUAUGUAGACAUUAUGUGUAUGCCUCUAUGACACUGCAACAGACUCCUAGAUAACCACACAUUCAUAAGAAUGAAGAACUGUAGUCAGAACCAUAGUCACCCCACCACCAAAGGUCAGAGUGCUUUCAUUGUUACAGAGAGAGAUAUUAAAAGAGUAUUGUCUAACCUGAAUAUUCUAAGGAGACACCAAUGGCAAACACCAAUGGCAGGUACUGUAUCUAUUGUGAAACUCCUGAUUUAAUAGUUGAGAAAGUCAAACAGUGGGUCAGGGUGGGUGUCAUCGCUUUCGAUGAACCAAUCUAAACCAAUUUCGAUGAACCAAUCUGUCAUAUUGUUUAUCUCCUUAGACCACACCUAAGCCCUAAACCCUGGUCACCGUCACCUUAUAGGUGAAGCCUCUCUGGUUUUUACACGCCUCUCAUUGCUUUACAACCCCUGUGCAUAGACUAAAGUUCUCUGCAUUUGAAACAAGACAACAGACAUCCAGCACAUUGGAGACCGAGCAAGGACAUAGAAUAACUCGCAUAUCUCGUGAGGCCAUUUUCAAUCAUCCUGUGUGACUGAGGGUUUCAACCUCAAGAGUUUAGAAGCCUUUUCCCACACCUGUGUGUGUGUGCUCUGGGUGAUCAUGUCGACGGCAGUGGAACUAACUGGGUUUUUGUUGUGCGUGGCAAGCUGGCUGCUCACCGGCUCCUCACUAGCCAAUGACUACUGGAAGUUGUCCUCGGUGUCUGGCAGUGUCAUCAUAUCCACACGCCAGUUCCAGAAUCUAUUUCACUCGUGUGCCGAGAACAGCGCCGGCAUUAGGAACUGCAAAGACUUUGAGUCUCUGCUCGCUCUGCCUGGCUACAUACAGGCAUGUCGAGCCCUGAUGAUCAUCGCUCUGCUCCUGGGUCUAGCGUCCAUCAUUGUCUCAGUGCUGGGGCUGAAAUGCACAAAGAUCGGCAGCACUUCUCAACAGGUCAAGGGCAAAAUCACUCUGACCGGCGGCAGCUUGUUCAUCUUAUCAGGUCUUUCCACCUUGACUGCUGUGUCAUGGUACACUGCACGGGUGGUGCAGGAGUUCCAUGAUCCAUUUUUUGCAGGAGUAAGGUUUGAGCUGGGUACAGGUCUAUACAUGGGCUGGGGAGCUGCCUGUCUGGCCAUUCUAGGUGGGGUCAUGCUCUGCUGUUAUGGAAGAGAGGUCCAUCAGCACCACCAACAGGGGGAUAUUCAUACAACUACUCCAAAACAAGCCGUGUACAACAGAUCUACAGGGAAGCACCUGUGUCAGAGUCUGGGAAUUCAAAAGCUUAUGUUUAAAGCAGUUUCAAAUGUUUUUUGUUUUUUUUAAAUCUCAAUGUUUGUU